CGCGCAGCGGAGACCCGUUCGUUUGUGCGCGCGGGAUCGGAUAAAGAGGCGUCGCCGUUUGCGGUGAGAGCCUUCAGAGCUGAAAUUUCAACAUACGAGCCGGAGAAGAGGGCAAAGCUCGAUCCUUUCCAACAAAAUGGAUCGGUACCAAAGGGUGGAGAAGCCGAGGGAGGAGACCCCCAUAAAUGAGAAUGAGAUUCGUAUCACGUCUCAGGGGAGGACUCGCAGCUACAUUACAUACGCCACCAGCCUGCUUCAGGGUUCAGAGGAAAUUGUCAUCAAGGCAAUGGGCAGAGCUAUCAAUAAAACUAUAAUGAUUGUGGAACUAAUAAAGAGAAGGAUUGUUGGUCUUCAUCAGAACACUGCCAUUGGAUCUACUGAUAUAACUGAUAUGUGGGAACCUUUGGAAGAAGGACUACUCCCGCUUGAAACUACAAGGCAUGUCUCGAUGAUCACAAUUACCUUGUCAAAGAAGGAAUUAGAUACAUCAUCAGUUGGAUAUCAGCCCCCUAUACCAAAGGAUCAGGUGAAACCUUUGGCUGAUUUUGGUUAUGAAGGAGAGGGUUCACCUCGAGGUGGGCGAGGUAGAGGUCGAGGCAGUCGUGGCAGGGGAAGAGCAAGAGGGAAUGGCCCAAUUGCAGUAGAUUACAAUGAUGGUGGUUAUGACAAUGGCGACCAUGGGUAUGUUAGAGGUGGUUGGGGCCGUGGUCGAGACCGUGGUUUCCGUGGCCGUGGCAGGGGAGGCUACGGUGGUCGGAACAGCUAUCAGCAAGGACCAGGUGGAUAUUAUGACGAAGGCCCUAUCCCUGUUCGAGGCCGAGGUCGAGGCCGGGGAAGGGGACAGUUCCGAGGACGAGCACGUGACUUUAAAGCAAAUGGACCGAUCCAUGCAGCUGCAGCAGGCGAGGCGUAACUGAAGCCGAAGUGUUGUCGAUCUAUCAAGUAUUAUUUCACUUUGCGGUGUGUUGGAUGCCUGCUCAUUGUUAGCCUGUUGUCAUUCCUCGGCUAAGUUCACCACUAAAGGUUAACUAUAGUUUGUAAAAGUCAUGUCUUUGUUUGCCAGACACCGGUUUCAUCGUCUCUAGGCUCAAGUGUUAUUUAUUUAUUUUUCUUUUCCUCUUCUUGAUUUUAACUAAUUGUAGAAUUGGACUAACCGAGCAGUACAUUCUUUUAUUUUUUUUUA